AUGGUCUUGCUACGAGCCCUCCUUCUGGGGGAUGUUGCCAAGCUAGUUUUUCCAACCCAUAGGUGCGAAGAACGUCACCGAGAAGACCGCCGACAUGAUGGUGACGGAAAGGGCAUUGGAUACAUCCUAGAGAGGAGCUUCGGCAAGGUUUCCGAGGCUUGUUCUCAACGGGAGUUACCUUCGAUCUCGUCGUCGCAGCAGCAGCAGCAGCAACAACAGGAGCCGGCCGCGACGAUCGAUUCGGGGCUACGGUGCCUGCAGCUGUCUCUGGAAGAGGCGUUUUACCUUGCGCACGUCGACGAGUCCCUGGCGCUAGCUGUCCCGAGGGCCAACCUUGUCGUUCCCACAGCCCCGAUCGCCUUGCCGCCGCCGCCGCCGUCGCCGCCGCGGGGAAGACGCGGGUUCGAAGAGCCCCCUGGCCUCCUCCAUGAUUGGCACCGCCGGCAACACACCACUGAGGAAGCAGAAGAUGCCGCUGGGGGUUCCCUGAGCGGAGAAGAAGCGUUCGGCUGCGGUUUCGGCGGUGGCGAAGAGGGCGGUGGCGGCGGCGGCGGCGGCGCCCCGCUGUUGAGCGCGGAGGAGGCAUGGCGUUACUGCUGCAACCGGCGCCCGGAUUUUCCGGCAAUGUUUGCGGUGUACCGCCACUUUCGGAUACGGAGUUUCACGGUGGACACGGGCCACAAGUACGGGGCCCACUAUGUGCUGUACGAGGGGCCGCCGGACGAGUGCCAUUCGCGCUACUGUGUGCACGUCACGGGGGGUGGCGGACGCGGCGAUUCGUGGAGCCACGUCAAGACGAUGACACGACUCAUGCCGGAUGUCGCAAAGUCUCUCCUGGUGUGCGGGGUGACGUAUCGUCCUCAAGGACCAACACUGGAGACAGGCUUGUCCCCGCCCAUCGACACGUCGUCCCUGGCGGCCCUCGCGGCGGCCGAGGUGACGGCGUUGCGUUUCUCUAGGUCCAGGGACUCCGACGGUGGCGGCGGCGGCGGCGGCGGCGGGAAGAGAGCCGCUCGUGAAAAGAGUGGUACGGUUCUAAAAGCCAGGAGGCCUGUCAUGGAAUCAACUGGCUCUAGCAGCGGGAAUUCCGCCAAGAAAAAGAAAAAGGGCAAGAAAAUCGAAUGA